UAAGCGUUUCUGCGCAUGCCCCGUGAGUUCAAUCGGAAGCACGGAUUGAAAAACAGCGGGCUGAAACAGGGUGGUCAAACUAAAACAUACUUAAAGAUACAUAGGAAUCGAAGACGGAAUUGUUUUCCGUCCGGACAAAAUUAUCAAUUGUUGAUUUUCAACUUCAUUCGUCUCCAGCGCACACCAAGAAAUGGCGGACAAAGAAGUGUACGACGAUGCCGUGGAGGAGCGAGUUAUAAACGAGGAAUACAAAAUAUGGAAGAAGAACACGCCUUUUCUGUACGACCUAGUGAUGACACACGCGUUGGAAUGGCCUAGCCUCACCGUGCAAUGGCUUCCUGACGUCAGCCGGCCAGAAGGGAAAGACUACGCUAUCCACCGACUAGUGUUGGGCACCCACACAUCUGACGAGCAGAACCACCUGGUCAUCGCGAGCGUCCAGAUCCCGAACGAUGACGCACAGUUUGACGCCUCCCACUACGACAGCGAGAAAGGAGAAUUUGGUGGAUUUGGCUCUGUGAGCGGAAAGAUCGAAAUCGAGAUCAAGAUCAACCACGAGGGAGAAGUGAACCGGGCCCGCUACAUGCCCCAGAACCCCUGCAUCAUCGCCACCAAGACGCCCACCUCCGACGUGCUGGUGUUCGACUACACCAAGCACCCCUCCAAGCCAGAUCCCAGUGGCGAGUGCAGCCCAGAUCUCCGGCUGCGGGGGCACCAGAAGGAGGGGUACGGCCUGUCCUGGAACCCCAACCUGAGCGGGAACCUCCUCAGCGCCUCUGACGACCAUACAAUCUGUUUGUGGGACAUUAGCGGAGGACCGAAGGAGGGCAAGAUCGUGGACGCGAAGACGAUCUUCACCGGGCACACGGCCGUGGUGGAGGACGUGUCGUGGCACCUGCUCCACGAGUCGCUCUUUGGUUCCGUGGCCGACGACCAGAAGCUGAUGAUAUGGGACACUCGUUCGAACAACACUUCCAAGCCCAGCCAUUCGGUGGAUGCUCACACCGCUGAGGUCAACUGCCUGUCCUUCAACCCCUACAGCGAGUUCAUCCUGGCCACUGGCUCUGCAGACAAGACGGUGGCUCUCUGGGAUCUGCGUAACCUCAAGCUGAAGCUACACUCCUUCGAGUCGCACAAGGACGAAAUCUUCCAACAGGUGCAAUGGUCCCCUCACAAUGAAACCAUCCUGGCUUCAAGUGGAACAGACAGACGGCUCAACGUGUGGGAUUUAAGUAAAAUUGGAGAGGAGCAGUCGGCUGAGGAUGCAGAGGAUGGACCUCCUGAGCUCCUGUUCAUCCACGGUGGGCACACAGCAAAGAUCUCAGACUUCUCCUGGAACCCCAAUGAACCCUGGGUAAUCUGCUCUGUGUCUGAGGACAACAUCAUGCAGGUUUGGCAGAUGGCGGAGAAUAUCUACAACGAUGAGGAGCCAGACACCCCGGCCUCCGAGCUGGAGGGCCAGGGUUCGUAAACCCCCCCCCCUCAAAUCCAAAUCGCAACCCUGCAGGGCUGAAGGGUCUGUGUAGGGGUUGGGGUAACUUACCCCUCACCUCCCAGGCCCCUGUGGCUGUUCUGGCCAGUCUUUACCUGAAUAGAUACAGCAGCUCGGAUGCUGUCUGAAGGGCCAAUGCUGGACUAACUCAUGGCCAAGUUUCACCUUUAACUUUUUUGUUUUCCUUCUUUUUUUUUUUUGGUGACGUACAUUGUGACAUUUCUGUAAGCUGGUCUCAAAAUGAACAGUAUUUAUCCAUCUUUCUUUAAAAAAGAUACUUUGUUAAACACAGGUGGCAACUUGUAACAUUAUUUAAUGACCUCGGUAUUGCAAGCUGCAGUUAUUUUAAUUCCAUCUUAAUUUUGGCCGCCACAUCAGAAGAGCACAUAGCAUAAUUACCUUCUCCCUCCAGUGUAAUUACACAUUACACAUGUGCAAAACAUGGUAUAAAAAUGCAAUAAAAUCUUUCGUAUCAACUUAAUGGAAUUGUAAAGUUUUUAUAGUGUUAAAUGUAUGAUGAAUUGAUACGUCUGACAGUGCGCUGAAUGUAUCUAUUCUUGAAUUCAUAUUUCAUAUCAAAUUUGUCUCAAACAACCCCACUCUUGAGCAGUCAUAAAUACAGUGCAUAUUGAUGCUAUGCAAAUACUGUGUAGGCAUAUAAAUUAAAACCAAGACAUGAAGUAAUGUGGAAAAAUUCUACAAAAUGUUUUAUUGAAAAGCAUGACAGGACUAUCAACAUUUUACAAUCAAAGGGAAAAAUGGGCAAAUUUUGAAAAAUAAAAAGCUUUUUUUCAUCUUCAAAGGAUUAAGUUGACUUUUUCCCCUCUUCUUUCACAGUUAGUCUCAUGUACAACCUGCAGAGGUAGAUUUCUUGCAUAACCUGAGAAACAAACUGUGGCAUUGCCAAAGAAAGAGGGCUUCAGGAGGUUGAGGGAACAGAGGCUGGGCACAUCCACGUCAGUACCAUCCAUCAUCCCUUCACUCAGGUUUUCUAGCGGUCAAACAAUCCAAAAUGGCGGAUAAGGAGUAAAAUAAAGAGAAAAAACUACACAUUCUGACUGCAGUGGCAUUUCUAGAAAAUGAAGUACUUUGGGGAUUACAGAAAGCCCUCACAUUCCAGAUGACUGGAAGUUUUAGGUUGAAAGUGUAAGACCGCCUCUAGUAAUGGACAGAGGGCAUUUUAUUUUGUUUCAUCCAAUUUGUCACUACAUUCAAUUAAUUCUAUUACAAUUUCAUUUUUGGACUGCCCCUUUAAUGCAUGGGUGUCAGAAUCCAGUUCUGGUGGGUCAGUGUCUGCUGGUUUUUGGUGUGUUUCGCACCAGUAAAGUCAUUGAUUGGCUGAAGAAUUCACACACCCUCAAGGCCUUGAUUGGUUGCUGACUGAAAGGAAACGUAUACCUGCAGACACAGUGGCCCUCUACAAGUUUGACGCCCCUGUCUUAAAGUGAGGACAUCCACUGUAAGAAAUCACAUUUUGUAUUUGACCUGGAUUGUUCCAGUAGUGUAUCAAAGGGGGGUUGAAUAUUGGGGGAAG